AUGCAAGCGAUGAGUGCAAACGCAGGCGCGCCGCGGGCCCCGCAGAGGUCGCCGUUCGCUAUCCAGGAGUUGCUGGGCUUGUCAGAUAACCGUGAGAGCCGGGAGCGGUACUUCGAGAGAGGAGAUGGAGAUCGAGUGUUGAAUUUAUCGGAAAGUAGAGAGCCGAGAUCACCGUACACCCCACAGUUCCCGCUGCCAGCAUCCGUAGCGAGCCGUGUGGCAUAUGCGGCAGCAUUCAAUGCACAAGCGGCGGUGGCAGCUGCCUUUCUGCCCGGGCCGCCACUACUGCACCCGCCUCCUGGACAAGAUGAUUUAAAUAAAAGUGAAGUAAAAAAAUACGAACACAAUCAGAGGAUAUAUUUUCCAAAACGACUUAAAGCUUAA